AUGACUACUGACGAACAGAUUAGCGAUGGUCAUGAUGACUUUAUGUUUUUUGGCUUGGGUGGGUGUAAUGAAGUUGGUCGAUCAUGCCAUAUAAUUGAGUACAAGAAUAAGGUAAUUAUGUUGGAUGCUGGUGUUCAUCCAGGACUAUCAGGCUUGUGCUCAUUGCCUUUUUAUGACGAAUAUGAUCUAUCUAAGAUUGACAUCCUUUUGAUAAGCCAUUUCCAUUUGGACCAUGCUGCAUCUUUACCAUAUGUGAUGCAGCAUACAAACUUUAAGGGAAGAGUAUUUAUGACGCAUGCGACAAAGGCAAUUUAUCGAUGGUUACUUUCAGAUUUUGUGAGAGUUACAUCAAUUGGUGGUGGAGGUGACUCAAGACUUAAUAAUGGGACUUCAGGAGAUGGUUCCAGUAAUUUAUAUACCGAUGAUGAUUUAAUGGGCUCAUUUGACAGGAUUGAAACAAUUGAUUAUCAUUCUACCAUUGAGAUCGACGGUGUUAGAUUCACUGCGUUUCAUGCUGGCCAUGUCUUGGGUGCUUGUAUGUAUUUAAUUGAAAUCGGGGGGCUUAGAGUCCUUUUUACUGGUGAUUACUCUCGUGAGGAGGACAGACAUUUGCAAGUGGCUGAGGUUCCCCCAAUGAAGCCCGAUAUUUUAAUUACAGAAUCGACCUUUGGAACAGCUACCCAUGAACCAAGGCUCGAAAAGGAAACUCGGAUGAUGAGAAUCAUCCAUUCUAGUUUAUUGAAAGGCGGUCGUAUCCUCAUGCCAACUUUUGCAUUGGGACGAGCACAAGAAUUGCUAUUGAUUUUAGAAGAAUAUUGGUCUCAGAACGAAGAUCUUCAAAAUAUAAGUAUAUAUUAUGCCUCCUCUUUAGCAAGGAAGUGUAUGGCUGUAUAUCAGACUUACACCAAUAUUAUGAACGAUCAUAUUCGUCUAACUGCAUCAAGUACUAAUGAAAAACAAAACCCUUUUGACUUUAAAUUUAUUAAAUCCAUUAGAAGCUUGGGUAAAUUUCAAGAUUUGGGCCCAUGUGUUGUCGUUGCAUCUCCAGGUAUGUUGCAAAAUGGUGUCUCUAGAGAGUUGUUGGAAAGGUGGGCUCCCGACCCUAAGAAUGCUGUCAUAAUGACAGGUUAUUCCGUUGAAGGUACGAUGGCCAAGGAGCUACUAUCUGAGCCACAGACCAUUCCUUCACUUAUAAAUCCGGAAAUGACUAUACCUCGUCGUUUGAAUAUUGAAGAGAUAUCUUUUGCUGCUCAUGUAGAUUUCCAAGAAAAUGCUGAUUUUAUAGAUAAGAUCAAUCCUCUGAAAAUAAUUUUGGUUCACGGAGAAAGUAAUCCCAUGGGUAGAUUGAAAUCUGCAUUAUUGAGUAAGUAUGCCUCGAGGAAAGGAACGGAGCAGGAAAUAAAAGUGUUCAACCCUAGAAACUGUGACGAACUUAAGAUAAACUUUAAAGGUCUAAAGGUCGCCAAGGCCCUAGGCUCAUUAGCAGAAGAACAGAUCGAUGAGCUCAAGGAUAAAAUUGAAGAAAUUUUAGAAGAGGGAGUGAAGGAAGAAGACGAUUCAAUGAAUAUCGAUGAUGAGAAAAAAGAAAUCGAAGAAACUGAAAAAGAUGGAAAUUUGACUCCCAAAAAGGAAGAUGGAGAAAAUGACGUGCAAAAGAGAAAUGAAGAAGACGAACAAAAUGUAAUAAAAUUAGAUAAACCGAUAUCUGGCGUUCUUGUCUCGAAAGAUUUCGAUUUGAACCUUCUUCAAUUACAAGAUUUGCAUGAAUUCACUCAGCUAUCAACCUCCAUAGUCAAAUCUAAAAUUAAGUUGAAAAUAAAUGCAGACAUAUCAUUAAUGCAAUGGCAUUUAGAACAGAUGUUUGGUUUUAUCAAGAUAAUUAGUGAUGAUAAAGAUCUUUGGGAGUGUCUCAUUAUGGACAUGAUUGAUAUCACUGUGGACAGAUCAAAACAAGGUGGACUUUUUUUAACAGUUGAGUGGAUCAAUGACAAUCUCAUAGCAGAUUCGUUGGCUGACAGUGUCAUAGCCAUCCUAUAUUCUAUUGACUCGUCACCGGCAUCCGUCAAAAUUUCGUCGAAAUCUCUGUCACAUCUGCAUCAUAAGAUUAAAAAGGAGGAGCUGGAUAACGAUAUAAUAGAGAAUGAUGGCUUAGCACAUGCAAGCAGCUCGAUAAGCAGUAGACUUCAUCGUAUCUCGGAAUUAUUGAAAGCUCAAUUUGGAGAAGCUUUCUCGCUAGAGGACAGUAAAUCUGCAAUAAUUAAGAUCGGUAAUAAUAAGGCGAAGAUUGACUUCGUAAAUUUGUCGGUCGAAUGUGGCUCCAAAAUUUUGAAAAUUCGAAUUGAAAACAUUAUUAAAAGAGGGUGUGAUUUAGCAGCUCCCUUAAGCCAGUCAGAGAAAUUUGUAUAG